GCUCCAUGAGAUUCAGCAUGAACUCCUCUGGACGUCUGGACAGCCUCAGAGAUGCUUUCAUAAAAAACGCCAUCACCUUCACCCUCGGCGUCACCAUUAACUGCAUUAACGGAGUGUUCGUCUACAUCUACUUCGAGAGCCAGGUGUUCCAGAGAGACCCCAGGUACAUUCUGUUCAUCCACUUGGUGAUCAAUGACAUGAUCAUGUUGACCUUUUCUGUAGUGCUGCAUGUCUUGACCUACACCAUCAGAGCUCUGGGCUUCAUCCCCUGCAGCAUCAUCAUUAUCAUCUUAAACACCACCAACGGGAACAGCCCCAUGAACCUGGCUGGCAUGGCUGUAGAGCGUUACAUAGCCGUCUGCCAUCCUCUUCAUCACGUUCAGAUCUGCACCGUGCAGCGGGCUCAUGUUCUCAUUGCUUUGAUCUGGGGCAUAUCCUUAAUCCCCUCCUUCACUAACAUCAUCAUCCUCUUCAACACGAAGCCACUCUCCGCCAUCUUACAGCCCGUCCCCUGUUACCCAUCCUUCCUGUUCAACACACAGCACCACAAGGUUCACAGACUGUUUGUCCAGGUUUUUGGUUUUUCCUUCGUCUUCCUGACUUUGGUCAUCACCUACCUGAAGGUCUUCUGUGCAGCUCAGGCAGUUUCCGGGUCUAACCGAGACUCGACCAGAAACGCCCGCAACACCAUCCUCCUGCACGGAGUUCAGCUGCUCAUCUGCAUGCUCUCAUUCAUCUCUCCCUUCGUGAACCUCCAUUUGGUCACUCUCUGGCCGAAGAAGAGGACCACAAUCCUGUUCAACAGCUAUUUGUUAACUAACGUGCUCCCACGCCUGCUCAGCCCGCUCAUCUACGGCGUCCGAGACAAGAAGUUCAGCAGCCACAUCAGGCUGCACUUUUGCAGUAAAUGCUGCAACACUGCAGGAAAGAAUGUCAACAACAUGACUGAGCUGCAGAGAAGGCCCAAAAAUAUUUUACACUGAAGAAACUAAAUAUGGCUUUGCCUGGUUGUAGGAUUCUGUCAGUAGUACAAAUAAAAUACUGCACCUUUGGUUUGUGGACUACA